AUGGGUGAAAAGUCCGAGUUUGGUCCCGAUCUCGAGAAUCCAAUCCACCCCGUCACUUCCAACGCGUUGGGCCAGUGUGAAGCGGUCGACAUUGAACAUGACACAACCCAGCGUGGCCUCAAGUCCCGCCAUGCGCAGAUGAUUGCGCUUGGUGGUACGAUUGGCACCGGUCUCUUUGUGGGCUCAGGGCAGGGACUGAACAUGGGCGGGCCAAUCUUUCUGGUUCUCUCGUACCUGAUCCUCACCGUCCUCGUCUACGGAAUCGUCACAUGCACCACCGAGAUGAGCUCGUAUCUACCAGUCCCUGGUUCGUCGGUCUCUUAUUACGCCAACCGCUUUCUGUCCCCGAGCCUUGGUUUUGCCCUGGGAUGGAUCUACUGGUACGUCUUUUCCAUCACUGUACCGGCUGAAAUCACCGCCGGUGCCCUCGUCAUCGAGUACUGGAACCCCCCUGUCCACCAGGCGGUCUGGAUCACUCUACUCUUGAUCGUCAUCGUCGGGCUCAACUGCAUGCCCGUCAAGAUAUACGGCGAGACCGAGUUCUGGUUCGCAUCUCUGAAAGUCAUUGGCAUUAUGGGCCUCCUGGUUAUGGCCGUUGUCCUGAUCCUCGGCGGAGGCCCCAACCACGACCGCCUUGGCUUCCGCUAUUGGAUUACCCCAGGACCCUUCAACGAAUAUAUCGUUACAGGUGAUAGCGGGCGCUUUGUCGCCUUCAUCAGCGUUCUCACCUUCUCAUACUUCGCCUUUGCCUUCUCCCCCGAGCUCCUCGUCGUCACGGGCGGCGAGAUGCAGUCGCCCCGCUACAAUCUUCCCAUCGCCGGCCGUCGCUACUUCUACCGCUUGAUCAUCUUCUACAUCCUUGGCGCCUUCGCUAUUAGCUUGAUCGUCUCGAGCAAAGACGAGGCUUUGCUGGGCGGUGGCAAGGGCGCCGGCACCUCCCCCUGGGCCAUCGCCGCCAAGAACGCCGGCAUCACCGGCCUCGAUUCUGUCAUCAACGCCAUCAUCCUUACGUCCGCCUGGUCUGCGGGCAACUCGUACCUGUUCCUCGCAAGCCGCGCGCUGUACUCGAUGUCGCUGACCGGCAAAGCACCGCGCAUUUUCAGCAAGUGCACCGCAUCAGGCGUCCCGUAUAACGCUCUAGCAGGCACGGCAGUGUUCUCUUUGUUAUCGUACUUGAACUGCUCCAGCAGCGCCGCGACGGUGUUCAACUGGUUUGUCAACCUGAUCAACACCGGCGGGUAUAUCAGCUGGAUCAGCAUCUGUGUCAUCUACGUCCGCUUCCGCAAAGCGACCGAAGUGCAGCAGAUUGUCGACCUACCGUUUAGGUCCGCGCUGCAGCCCGUUAUGGCGUAUGUUUGUGGCUUCAUGUUCACGCUGCUGCUGCUGCUGAGCGGCCUCAAGAACUUUGUCGGCGGUAACUGGAACACGUCGAGUUUCAUCACCUCCUAUAUCGGCAUUGCCAUUUUCGCAGCACUGUACUUUGGCCACAAGGUUCUCUUCGGUCGCAAUGAUCCUUGGGCAAUCCCAGCAGAGAGAGUCGAUUUGAUAUCGGGGUUGGACGCCGUGCUGGCGGCGGAGAGGCCACCGGUGAAGGAGGAGGGGAAGUCUCCUCUGAGAAAACUCAAAGUCAUCUUCGGAUAA